AUGAGACCCUGUUUGUUGGUGUUUCUUGCGCUCGGUCUGGUGUGCUGCGCCUUUGCCGGUAAAAUACCCGUCGUGGACGUGAGCGAGGAAGAGUUGGAAGCACGCCAAUAUGUGGAACAUAUUGAUGCCGAAAUCCUAGCUCGCCGUAACGUGGGUGUCGAAGCGGAGUGGGCUUACGAAUCGGAUAUCAAUGACGUUAACUUGCUUGUGAAAAACGAGGUGGCGGCGGUGAAUGCUGUGUUCACCAAGGAAGUGGCAGACGCGUUGAACAAGUACGACUACGAGAGCUUCCAGGAUGAGGACUUAAAGCGUAAGAUCCGAAAGUUAACCAAGCUGGGAUACUCGGUGUUGCCGGAGGACUCGUUCGCCGAGCUGCUGGAUGCGAUCAACGCAAUGCAGGGAAACUAUGCCAAAGUGAAGGUGUGCGACUAUCACGACAGCAGUAAGUGUGAUCUUGCCUUGGAGCCGGAGCUGACGGAGAUCCUGGCAAACAGUCGUGACCCCGAGGAACUGAAGUACUACUGGCAGCAGUGGUACGAUGCCGCCGGAGCACCGACGAGAGACGACUUCCAGAAAUAUGUCGAUCUAAACGGAGAAGCGGCCAGGCUAAACAAUUAUCCAUCCGGGGCCGAGUACUGGUUGAGUGCGUACGAAGAUGACACCUUUGAGGAGCAGGUAGAUGCUGUGAUUGAAGAGCUGCGCCCGCUGUACGAGCAGAUUCAUGCCAACGUUCGCUAUCAGCUGCGAAAGUACUACGGUGAUAAGGUUGUCUCGGAGAAGGGCCCGAUUCCGAUGCACUUGCUGGGCAACAUGUGGGCGCAAGAUUGGGCCGGAGUGGCUGACAUCACCAGCCCGUUUCCCGAUCGCCAACUGUUGGACGUGACGGAUGAAAUGGUCCGCCAAGGGUACACUCCAAUUCAAAUGUUCGAAAUGGGAGAUGAGUUUUUCCAGUCGAUGAACAUGACAAAGCUACCAGCCUCAUUCUGGGAGAAAAGUAUCCUUGAAAAGCCAGACGACGGACGGGAUUUGGUGUGCCACGCCAGUGCGUGGGAGUUUUCGAUAACGGACGACGUGCGCAUCAAGCAGUGCACCCGUGUGACGAUGGAUCAGUUCUUCACCGCCCACCAUGAGCUUGGACAUGUGCAGUAUUUCCUGCAGUACCAGCACCUGCCCAGUAUGUACCGGGAUGGAGCCAACCCCGGAUUCCAUGAGGCCGUCGGUGAUGUGCUUUCGCUUUCGGUGUCCACUCCGAAGCAUUUGGAGAAGAUUGGUUUGCUGAAGGACUUCGUGCUGGAUGAGGAGUCCAAACUGAACCAGUUUUACAGUGCGGCACUGAACAAGCUCGUGUUUUUGCCAUUCGCUUACACCAUCGAUAAGUACCGCUGGGGAAUUUUCCGCGGCGAAAUCAAACCCGAGGAGUACAACUGCAAGUUCUGGGAGAUGCGCUCGAAGUACUCUGGCAUUGAACCGCCAGUGGAGCGCUCGGAGGCCGAUCUAGACGGACCGGCCAAGUACCACGUGUCGGCUGAUGUGGAGUACCUUCGUUACUUCGUUUCGUUCAUCAUUCAGUUCCAGUUCCACCGUGCCGCUUGCGAGAAGGCGGGCGAGUACGUCAAGGGUGAUCCGAUAAAAACGCUGAACGAUUGCGACAUCUACCAGAGUGUUGAGGCGGGCAACGCUAUCAAGGCGAUGCUGGAGCUGGGCUCGUCGAAGCCUUGGCCGGAUGCGAUGGAGGUCCUGACGGGAGAGCGGCGCAUGAGUGCCGAUGCGUUGAUUGAAUACUUCCAGCCGCUGUACGAUUGGCUGGUGGUUGAGAAUGAACGACUGGGCGCUUAUGUAGGAUGGGAAGAAUCGACAAAAUGCGUACCGUUUUGA